UAGGAUUCUGGGCUAUGCUUACAGCUAGGCUGUUGCUGAGCUCCCUGGAGAGAGAGGAGCUAGAGGAGGGAGAAGAAGCGAGAAGCAGCCAAGAGUUGGAGCCAGACCAGGAGCCUGAGCCAGAGCUGGAGUCGAAGUUGCUUUUGCUAAAGCAGCAGCAACUAAAGAAGUUGAAAAGAUGCUGGUUAUCUUGGGACUGCUCACCUCCUUCCUUUCUUUCCUGUAUCUGACAGCUCCAUCCAUCAGGAAGUUCUUUGCUGGUGGGGUUUGUAGAACAAAUGUGCAGCUUCCCGGGAAGGUAGUGGUGAUCACUGGCGCCAACACGGGCAUCGGCAAGGAGACGGCCAGAGAGCUCGCUCGCAGAGGAGCCCGAGUAUACAUUGCCUGCCGGGAUGUACUGAAGGGGGAGUCUGCCGCCAGUGAAAUUCGAGCUGAUACAAAGAACUCUCAAGUGCUGGUACGGAAACUGGACCUAUCCGAUACCAGAUCCAUCCGAGCCUUUGCUGAGGGCUUUCUGGCAGAGGAAAAGCAGCUCCAUAUUCUGAUCAACAAUGCAGGAGUGAUGAUGUGUCCAUAUUCCAAGACAGCUGAUGGCUUUGAAACCCACCUGGGAGUCAACCACCUGGGCCACUUCCUUCUCACUUACUUGCUCCUGGAGCGGCUGAAGGAGUCUGCUCCUGCACGGGUGGUGAACCUGUCAUCGGUGGUCCACCACGCUGGCAAGAUUCGCUUCCACGACCUCCAGAGUGAGAAGCACUACAGCCGGGGUUUUGCUUAUUGCCACAGCAAGCUGGCCAAUGUGCUUUUUACUCGUGAGCUGGCCAAGAGGCUCCAAGGCACGGGGGUCACCACCUACGCAGUGCACCCAGGCAUCGUCCGCUCUGAGCUGGUCCGGCACUCCUUCCUGCUCUGCCUGCUCUGGCGGCUCUUCUCCCACUUCCUCAAGUCCGCGCGGGAGGGGGCACAGACCAGCCUGCACUGUGCCCUGGCUGAGGGCCUGGAGCCUCUGAGUGGCAAGUACUUCAGUGACUGCAAGAGGACCUGGGUGUCUCCAAGCGCCCGAAAUAACAAAACAGCUGAGCGUUUGUGGAAUGUCAGCUGUGAGCUUCUAGGGAUCCAGUGGGAGUAGAGCUGGUGGAAGAGCCAUAGCUUUAUCAGGCCCAGUCCACACCAUAAAGAAAGCAGACGAAGAAGAAGGCCCACCCUGAAAGAGUGUUCUCCUGGCUGACUGCUGUUGCAAAUCCUGCCCUGCUCUGGUUCUCUUGACCCUUCUAGAAAUCUUUACACACCCAACCCUCUGGUGAGGCUGGCUCAUGGCAUGAGACAGUCACUCUUAGCAUUCUUCUCCAAGACUUGCAGAGUCGGCUGCCCACUAGGGCCAGGAGGACUGGGCAGAUGCCAGGCUGGGCAUUGGGAUGGCAGAAGAGCCUGGGAAAUUGGGUCAAUUUCCUCAACAAUACCAGAAAUGCCAGCCAGCAUGCUCAGCUGAGGAGACAGCAACAUCAGCAUUACAUAUUUUCAGAGACUAUAGACUGAAACUCUCGACUGAUCUCUUUCCUCUGUGAAAUGCUAGUCACUGCUCUAAAGUCUGGACCAACUCAGG